AUGUCGGCCGAUGACCCUUGGGCAGCCUACUGGGCCGGUGGCCCGUCUAGAGGCGCUGCUGCAGACCGGCCAGAUGGAAACGAGACCACUGCGCAAAUCCCUACACCCGCCGAAGCCGGCGGACUCCGUGCGGAGCAACCCCCAGUCCAAGCAGACUCUGAAGAGAGCACGACACUUCAAGAUGAACGGCUGCCUCGGGAGCAUGAUGCUGAACGCCAGUCUGCAGACUGGAGUACAUGGGAACGGCGUCAUGAUGGACAGCCACCUGGACAGGAGGGCUGGCGGAGCGACACCACAAGCAAUGGCUCCGGAGAUGGAUGGAACCGCUGGAUGUCUGGUGAUAGUGGACAGUCAUGGAAGUCGGCCACGUCAAAAGGGCGUGUCUGGUCAGACGAAGAAUGGAAACAGUGGAAUGACUGGUGGUAUUCCCGGACUUCAUCGGCGGCUACAGGCGGCGCGGCGGCUGACGGGCGCGGCAGCGGCGGCGCUCCAUCUCCUACCUCGGGCCCCUCGACUCCUACCCGAUCCGGAAUGGCCUCGACGAACGCACCAGUCGUGAUGACAGAGGUCCCCGCUGCCACAAAGGGGCCUUCGGAAAAACUCCUGACCCCCACGUUCAACGGGGAGGGAGACGCAGCAGAGCUGGGAACCUCGGCUCGGAGCUACUUGAGGCAAAUCGCUGCCUGGGAGCGGAUGACGAAGUUGUCCAAGGGACAACAAGCCCUCGUGCUCUACCAAAACCUCCAAGGACUGGCGUGGGUGAAUGCGGAGUCAUUGAACGUGGAGUCCCUGUCUGGCGAGGACGGCGUCACCUACUUCAAAGAAUGGAUUGUCCAGCACUACCUCGACGUCGAAGUCACCUCGGUCGGGCGAUCUCUGAGCGACCUGUUCCGCAAGCUCCGCAGGAAGAACAACCAGACUUUCCGGGACUACACGGCCGAGUUCAAUCGUUUGCUGUCUCGAGUGGUGGAGUGCGGCUGCACUCUUCCUGAUGUGGCGACGGCAUGGCUUUUCGUGGACCGGGCAUGCCUCGAUGAAGCCACCGAGGUGAGCCUGCUGGCGAGCGUGGGCAACAAGUACGCUCUUCGUGCCCUACAACAAGCGGCGAUCAUCUUGGACAGGUCCAUGCGCAAGCCGUGGGAAAAGCCCGGGAAAGGAGACGGACGUCGCAACGGCUACAACACUGUGAAUGUGGCGAACCAUGGGGAAGACGACGACGAGGAUUCGGACAGCGACGCCGGCGACCUACUCGAGAACGAGAACGAGGCCGACCUCUACGUUGCCUACAUGACCGCCAAGGCCAAGUACCGGGAGGUGGCCAAAGCUAGGGGGACUGAUACAGAUCCCGCAGGCACCCAGCGCGCCAUCGAGGACAAGAUUCGUACCGCCAAGUCCAAGAGCAGAUGUGCUGCAUGUGGCAAACGGGGCCACUGGCAUCGCGACCCACAGUGUCCGAAGCGGCAGGAGGAGAAGACGGCUGCCUCCUCGAAGCCCAACACGAUUCAUGUCACCAACGAGAUCAUGGAGCUGACGCCCAUUGCCAACCACGAGGAGUUGCUGGCCAUCCUAGAUACCGCGUGCUCGAAGACGGUGGUGGGCACGGCCUGGCUUCAACGCUACCUCCAGCAUACCCGGGGAGGCGGCUAUGACGUCGAGUUCAUCUACGAGAAGGACGCCUUCAAGUUCGGGGCCGCUCACAAGAUCUACGAAGCCAACUACGCUGCAGUGAUCUUUGUGGUCAUCGGUGGAACGUGGGUGGCCGUGAAGGCCUCCGUGAUUCACGGGGACAUCCCUCUCCUGAUGUCAAGGUCCGCCCUGGCCGAGAUCGGCCUCGUCCUCGAUCUCUCCGAGAACACCGCCGUCUUCAAGAAGAUUGCAAGUAACGAAGUGAAGCUCAAGGCCACUCUGAGCGGGCACCCCGCUGUGUGCGUGGACCACAAGGGCCAGGUUUACAUGGUAGGAGCCUUGAGGGAGAGUGAGGGCGCUAGUGGACCCAGUAGACCCCGCAUCUUCUAUGAGAAGCCGAUUAACCCAGCUGUGAGGGAGCUCCUUGUCGGCGAUCGCCUUAACCCCGACACUUUCCUCGCAUGGUGGACCUCCUCCGACCUCAAGAGUGAUUUCUGGCUGGAGCUUGGGGACAAACUAAUCAGAGUUCACGUUACCCCCAGGAAGACCUUCUUUGAUCCCCGAAAGUGGACAUCGCAGAGUUUGCAGCGAUCUUUGCUACUCCAAUCCCUGGGCAGCAUACGGGAAACGUGGGGAGCGCCGCCGCCGAUAUGGAAGAUGAACAAGGUCCAACUCCAACAAGAGUGCGGUCGACGGGGCCUGGCAAUCAAUUCGAAGUGGACCGUGCUGGAGCUACGCGCCAUCCUGGCCAACAACAAGGACGAGGCGGACCCGACCACGGAGAAGAUCAAAGGGUUGGCAUCUAUGACGCUGGUGGAGCUGCAAGCGGAAGCCGGCCGCCUGGGCAUUCCCGUGGGCACCAAGGAGUCGAAGGGAUCCAUUAUGCUGAAGAUCAGAGACACCCAGGCGCCCGAGGAAACAGUGAUGACGCUGGGACGCUUUCGCGGCACCGCCUACCCCGAGAUUCCGGAGAACUACGGGGCGUGGGCGUCGGAAGAGGAGCGCCAGAACGGGGACAACAUGCAUCCCGACCUGAAGAGAUUUGUGGUGUGGCGCCGAUUGUCCAGGACAAAGAAAGCAGAGAAGGCCGAGAAGGACAAGUUGCGGGAGAAGACGCCGAAGUUCUUGGAACCCGAGGAAAAGGCCAAGGUUCCGCCACCUCCGGUGAGCGAGACCGGGAGCACCUCCAGCUCCCACUGGUCAGUGGUGACCUCAGCUGCCGGGAAGAAUCUCCAUCGCCACCACGACACGGGCUACGCACGCCAGAACCUCUCGAAGCUCGACCGCAAGGCCACCCAGAUGGACGACCACGGAACCCAGAAGAUGGAACAGGAAGUGGAUCGGUCCGUGCUGAACGAGAUCCAGGCGCUCGAGACCCGCCUAGCGGCCCUGCGGGACGCCCAUGGCCUGGACGCUGGAGAGACCGCACACGAUGCGUACCACGAAUUCGAUGUUUUUGAAUCCUGCUCUUCUGGUUCGGAAGACUGGAGCCAGAAGCAUUUCGCUGCCCCGGCCGAUUUCAAGGAGGCCUGGGUUGCAACUGCUCACUUGGGUGAGCAAGCCGCGCGGAACGCCAGACUCGAAGGAGACUACUGCCCGGAGACCAUCGCUGCAAUCCUGACAAAGUAUGAGUUCCCCGAUCAAGGAAAGCGUCGCCAAGGAAUACACGGAUUAGGUGGUGGCACCCGUUGCACGCUCGGAUACUAUGCCCACGGGAAAUUCCACGGCAUCUGCAAGAAGACGCUGCGGUGGCCCGAACUCGUGCAGUAUCUCAACGGGUACCUGAAACAGUUUGACUCCGAGCCUCACGAUCGCCGACCUUCGUGGACGUCUUUGUCCAUCGUCCACAACUUGCCAUGCAGCAUGCACGUCGACCGGAACAAUCUCAAGGGGAGUCGGAACUACACCAGUUGUGUUGGGAAGUUCAGCGGCGGACAGCUAUGGGUUGAAGCACCCGGCGGAGGACUGUGGCGACGCGACCAGAAUGGUGAAGAGGAGAUCGAAGGAAUGCCACUGGAUGGAUACAACAAGCUGUGCUGUUUCGACCCCCGACGUCGUCACAUGGUGGAAUCCUGGAGUGGUGACCGUUGGUCCAUCACCGGUUUCACAGCAAGAUCUUUUCCCUCAGCUACCAAGGAGGAAAAACGGAUCCUCCGCAACGCCGGGUUCGCCCUGCCCACCAAUGCGGAACUCCGGAAGUGGAAUGACGAGGAGAAGAUGGCAGAGCACCCUUCCUCGACUACGUUCUCAUCACGGCCUGGCUCGACGAAUGAGAUGUCUGUGCCCCGCAGUCGACGAAAGAAGUUGCUCAAGAAUGCCGGGGCGCUGCAUGUCAUGAUGGUGACGGCCCUUGCCGUCAUGACUCGCGUUGGGGAAACCUACGCGACUCCCCCAACGCUUCCGUCGAUCUCAUUGCUGGAAGUCGGUGGGGUUUCCGCGACCUGCCGACUGGCGGAGUAUGGGGGCAACCACAUUCAGGUCGCUGAGCCCAUCCUUCUCGAGGAUCUGAUUGAGAACGACCAUCCGGAAGAUGUCGGUUUCGGAUAUGUGGAGACCGCGGUACUUCGCGCGGAACCAGGAGAGCUCUGGGUGCACGUACGGAAAGAAUGGGCUGAUGAUGGGAUCUAUGAUGACGUCAUGGAGGCGGUAGACACCCAACUCCGCGCUGGACGCGGGGUUGUAUUCCAAAAGGACGAUCGUGAUGAUGGACAUGAGGCGUUUUGGACCGACGUCACGUGUGGAUGGGAGGAUGUGGGCUACCAGGUAACCCACGACUAUGACUACGGAGACAUUGAGUAUGUGCACGUGAAGGCCGUCGAGAACUUCAACGACGUCCACGAGGUCUUCGUCGGCGAGGGUGGCGAAAAUCGCGAGGAUGCUUUGCAAGAAGGUGGCGGAGAGUCCGGGCCUCGAGACCCCAAUGCCGUCGGGGGACGCGAAGAACGAGGAGCCAGAGCGAUAAGGUUUCCGCCCAGUGUACCGAAGAUCGUGGCCUCCAGCUUGCGUCGCCUCCACCAAAAUCUGGGGCAUCCGAGCACCUCCGACUUCGUCCGGCACCUACGUCUGGCCGGUGCCAAACGUGAGGUGCUGAAGGCUGCCAAGAUGUUGGAGUGCCAAACCUGUCAACGUUCCCAGGGGCCCGGCACAGCGAAACCCGCAAAGGUUCUGUCAUGCUUGAAGUUCAACGAGGCCAUCGGGGCGGACCUGUUCUACUGCCAUGAUGCCGAAGGGAAGUGCCACCAGUUUCUGUCCUUGGUCGAUUUCUCCUCCGGCUACCACGUCGUUACACCCGUUGCCCGGAAAGACACCACUCACCUUGAGAAGGCCUAUUGCGACUCGUGGCUCAACGUCUUCGGUGCCCCGGCCUUGAUUGUGGUGGACCUGGAGAACGGCUUGGAAAAGGGAGCACUAUGGAAGACGAUGUUCUUCAAGAUGCGGGACGAACUCACCGUGACGAAGGACGAUAUCCCAGUGGUCACCGGGGCGAUCAGCUCCGCCAAGAACAACCUCAUGCGCACGAGUGGCUAUAGUCCGGCUCAACACGUGUUCGGUGCCACGCCGAACCUCCCGGAGGAUCUCGUGGAGGGACCCCAUGCCCGUGAUCCUGGAGACGAACCCGUGAUCUGCGACAAGCAUGCCCGGGACGUCGCCAUACGCACUGCAGCGCGUGUCGCAUACCACCAGGUCCAGACCGACGAGAGGGUAAGAAGAGCGCUAGCUGGAAGAGCCCGAGUACAAGAUCGGACGCCGGAGGUUGGAGAGCAAGUCUUCUACUGGCGGAAAGCCAAGACGGCCAAGCGAGGAUGUUGGGUGGGUCCUGCUACAGUGAUUGGGCUGGAGGGCACCAAUGUAUGGGUCACCCGCGCCGGGAGAUGUACUUUAUGUGCAGCAGAGCACAUCCGACCGGCCACGUCCGAGGAACUUGGACAGGCUUUCAGUCUACGCGCCGCAAGGGAGGACCUCGACCGACUUCUCAACCUGGACGACGCUGACGAGGAGAUGUUCGACGACGAGGUCGAGGCUGAGGGUCCCAACAACACGGACGUUGAGUUCGACGUUGAUGACGAGGACCUUGCCUUUGCCGAGCUGGAUGUGGAAGACGGCGGGCCUCCUGGAAGAGACGGUCGCCACCAUCGCCGUCGCGCCCGGGUUGCUCCAUAUGUCCUACAACGAUACCGUGGGAAGGAACCUCCUCGACGCGAAGAAGAAGCCAUGAUGAUGAAACGCGCAAAGACAGUGCGCUCGCGCGAAAAGCAGCUCGAGAAAGAGAUACCCUGGGCAGAGAUCCCUGAGGCUAUGUUCGCCUACCGCGACAAGCACAUGGGCAAGAGGCUGGUGGUGGGAGGACACAUGGAUCCAGACGCCGACGCUGGCCUCGGAACCGUAGAUUCCCCUACGGUGGCGAGGAGUUCGCUGAUCGCCCUGCUGCAGAUCGCCGCUUCCCGGGGCUGGAAGAUUGCCGCGGGCGACGUGCAAGCCGCUUUCCUCAACGGCCUGGAGCUGAAAAGAAGUUUGUGGAUGCACCAACCACGAUGUCGUCUAUGCACUUGCCCACUGGAUCCCUGCGUGUUCAUGAUGGUCCCCGUGGGGGCCGAGGACGAGCGGCCAAGCGCCUACGUCGCCAUCCACGUCGACGACCUCCUGGUAGUGGCACCGGCGGAGAUCAAUGCCUCCCUCCGUGAGAAGAUCAGCAAGCUGUUCCCCGUGGAGGACUGGGAACUCGACGAGUUCGACUACGUUGGCUCUCACAUCAAGGCCUCUUCCGACGGCAUCUUCAUCGGACAAACGGCUUUUGUCGAAGGACGCUUGUUCAAGGUCGACUUGGAGAAGAACCAGGCAGGUGAUCGACCAGCCACAGAGGAGCAAACCAUCGACAACAGGUCAGCCAUAGGAGCACUCAGCUGGAUUGCUACCCAAAGCCGUCCCGACCUACAGUGCAGCGUGGCGUUUGCACAACAGGCCCAGAGGACACCCACUGGGGACGACCUAAAGUUCACCAACAGCAUCGUCACCAAGGCCGCACGACACAAAGAUCAAGGGCUCUACCUACGCAAGAUCGACCUGGAGCGCGCCAUGUUCGUCGUGUUCCAUGAUGCUGCUUGGGCCAACGCAGAACACGAGGAGGCAGAAGAAGGUUUCCAACUCACUGCGGAGGAGGUGAAGGCGGGGACCAUUGAGGGGGUCUUCAGUGAACAUCGCCCCCGACAGCCGAAGAAGAGCAAGUCCAAGAUCGCUUCACAACUCGGCCACAUGGUGAUGAUGUUUGACAUGGACCUGCUCGAGGCCGUCAGGACAAAGGGUAGCCUAUUAGAGUGGCGUAGCCAAUCCUGCAAGAGGGUAUGUCGGAGCACCUUCGGAGCAGAGACAAUGUCGGCAGCCGAGGGCCUGGAGAGCGGACAAUAUGUGAGGGCCCUGUUCACAACGCUGUGCAACGGAAAAUUAGCUGGGCACACCCAGGCUAGAAUGGCCUGGCCCCUCAUGUGUUUUACCGAUUGCCGAUCUUUGUAUGAUCACUUGCACAAAACAGGGGUACCUCGCAUCCCGAGCGACAGGCGCCUGGCGAUUGACCUCGCCUCCCUGCGUCAAGAGUUGAACUUGGAGCGAUGGGGAGACCGGAUCCCAUUGCAAUGGAUUCCCACUGAAUAUCAGCUGGCAGACCCCUUAACGAAGCCACUUCGUACAGACUUUUGGUGGCAACAGAUGUGUGAGGGAGUUUGUCUGCCACUUAAAAAGGGGAUCUUCCAGUGGGGAAAAGAGAGGGGAGGGAUUUUGAAGCAGUGUAAACCUGAAGAUGACUUGUGUACCUGGACCCGCACUCAUCCCGCAAGCAUUCCCCCUUGA